AUGAAGUUCACGACCUCCCUCCUAGCAAUCACUGGCCUCGUCGCUGCAGCACCAAGCAAGACGCUCAGCGAGCGAGCAAACUCUUGCGGCCAAUGGGAUAGCGUUGUAACGGGCACAUACACCGUCUACAACAACCUCUGGGGCCAGGACUCAGCGACAUCCGGAAGCGGUUGCUUCAGCGUAGAGAGUUUGAGCGGCAAAAGCGUCGCAUGGUCCGCCUCAUGGUCGUGGGCAGGCGCCGCGAACGUCGUGAAGGCGUAUCCGAAUGUCGUCGUAACCGCCGCUGCUAAGCGUCUGUCUGAGAUUGCUUCGAUCGAAUCAAGCUGGGCUUGGAAGUACGGCGGCGCGGAUGUGGUCGCUAAUGUGGCGUACGACUUGUUCACCUCUUCGACAGCGGCUGGGGAGGAAGAGUUCGAGAUCAUGAUCUGGCUUGCUGCAAUCGGAGGAGCAGGCCCGAUUUCUUCCGCCUAUGGAGCGGAUGGAAAGCCAACUGCUAUUGCCACUGUAACUCUUGUCGGACAUGAGUUCAGCUUGUUCAAAGGUCCGAACGGACAGAUGACUGUCUUUUCCUUCGUUCCGAAGAGCGAGAUCGCCAAUUUCAGCGGCGAUUUGAAAGCGUUCGUUGAUUAUCUUGUCACCAAGCAGGGCUUGGACCAGAGUCAAUAUCUGAUCAGCACGGGCGCUGGCACGGAACCCUUCACCGGGACGAAUGCAGUGUUCAACGUGUCUGGGUACAGUGUGAAUAUUGCCUGA